UCUAUCGAACUGAAGGGUCUAAGCUAUCAGUAUGAAUCUUCAGAUAGUUUUGCUCUGAGGAAUAUAAACUUCAAAUUUGAAAAAGGGAAGAAAUAUGCACUAGUAGGACAGAGUGGCGCUGGAAAAUCAACGCUACUCGAUCUUAUUUUGGGCUUCUCUUCGCCUUCCCAUGGUUCUAUUUAUAUAGAUGGGAGCUCUAUCGAUGAACUGGCUCUUGAAUCCUACAGAGCUCUUUUUGGAUUAGUGACUCAGGAGGCUAUUUUAUUUAAUGAUACGAUAGAAAACAAUCUCUCUUUUGGAAUAACCGACAAAGCCAAAUCAGAUCGGGCUCUAACGAUAGGCAAUGCACUAGAAUUCGCGCAGAAAAUCUACCAACAGCCUAUAGGCGAGCGUGGCGGAAAACUAAGUGGUGGCGAAAAACAACGAUUGACUAUCUCUAGAGUGGCUUAUCGCAAUCCUGAAAUCGUACUUAUGGAUGAAGCCACCUCUGCGCUCGAUAGCCAGAACGAAAGUGAAGUACAAGCAGCACUAGAUGAAUUGCUCAAAAAUAAAACGAGUAUCAUAAUAGCACACAGACUCAGUACGGUUAAAAAUUCGGACUGUAUCGUACUCAUGGAUAAGGGUGAAAUCAAGAACUUUGGCACACAUGACCAGCUCUAUGCAUCAGACGAUUUGUAUCGAAAAAUGGUGGAUUUGCAGAAGUCUUGUCUGCGGUAUGUGUUUGUAUACGCUACAUCUUUUUUUAGUCAAAAUAUAGUUAAUAAUCUAAGAAAAAAAGUCUUUUCCCACCUUAUGCGCUUGCAUGUGCAAUAUUAUGAUGAAACACCUGUAGGUAGGCUGACCACCAGAACGAUUAAUGAUGUUGAAACCAUUAAUGAAGUCUACUCUGAUAAUUUUUUUACGAUAGUAUCCGAUAUCCUGACGAUCAUUUUUGUACUAGGUUUUAUGCUUUAUACCGAUGUGACCCUGACACUUAUUUCUCUUGUGACACUGCCUUUCCUAUAUAUAGCCACCUAUAUCUUUAAAGAAAAAGUAAAAGUGGUCAACGAAAAACUAAGAGAUAAGAUAGGCGAAUUAAAUGCCUUUGUUCAGGAACAUCUCAUGGGAUUUAAAAUAGUCAAAGCCUUUGCUGCAGAGGAAAAAGAGGAAAAUAAAUUCAAACAGAUCAAUAACGGAUUCACUGCUUUAAACAUCAAAAGUAUAUGGUAUUACUCUUGGUUUUUCCCUGUUUUAGAAACCCUAAUUGCUAUCAGUAUUGGUCUUGUAGUUUCUUAUGUAGCUGUUCAUAGUUUUGAGACCAAAGACUUAUCUGCUGGUGUCAUUACUUCCUUUCUGCUCUACCUCAAUCUGCUCUUUAGACCUAUGCGAUUUAUAGCAGAUAAAUUUAAUUCCAUCCAAAUGGGGUUCGUAGCAUCAAAGCGCGUAUUUGAGCUUCUAGAUACGCCCAGCUUAGAAGAGAACACCGGCAAAUUAAAAGACCUGAAAUUAAAUGGAGACAUCUCUUUUGAAAAGGUGGAAUUCUCCUAUGUCAAAGAUGUCGAAAUUCUGAAAAAAAUAUCCUUUCAUAUCGAAGCAGGCCAAUCCUUAGCUAUAGUAGGCGCUACAGGGUCUGGAAAGACGAGUAUCAUCAAUAUUCUCAAUCGGUUUUAUCCUUUUCAAUCUGGGACUAUAUCCAUAGAUAAACGUAAUAUUCUAGACUACGAUUUAGACUUUCUAAGAUCACAAAUAGCCAUGGUGCUGCAAGAUGUCUAUCUCUUUUCUGGAAGUAUAAUUGAUAAUAUUAUCAUUGAAAACUCCUCUGCCACUAAGGAGGACAUUAUUGACAUGGCUAAACAAUUGGAAAUCCAUGAGUUCUUUAUGAAACUUCCUGGGAACUAUGAUUUUGAAAUUAAAGAACGAGGCAAUUCACUAUCGCAUGGUCAAAAGCAAAUCAUAUCACUUUUUCGCGCUAUAGCUAAAAAACCUAGCAUCUUGAUUCUAGAUGAAGCUACUUCAUCCAUAGACUCCAAUACAGAAUAUUAUAUUCAGAAACUAAUAGCACAGAGUAUAAAAAAUAAAACCUCCAUAGUCAUCGCACAUCGCCUAUCUACCAUUAUGCAAGCCGAUAAGAUUCUAGUGCUAGAUCAGGGGGUCAUCGUAGGAGAAGGAACGCACGAUAGCUUGUUAAAAACGAAUAGUCAUUAUCAAAAAUAUUUCGAAACCAUAGAAACUCAAAACGAGGUCAGCAAACGCUGCUUCAAGCCG